GAUGACGCGGGACGCGACCUGGAGCCCGUCAUCCACAAGUUCGCUGUCGGCGCACCGUACUUCCAAGCUCCCGGUGUGGCUGGACGGUUCACGCGUGGCUACAUCGCCUUGCCUGUCAACGAUAAAGGCAAAAUUGACGACGAAGCUACGUUUGUGUUUCUGAAGGACGCGUGGCGUGUCGACCAUCCGGAAAUCGAGCAGGAAGGGGAAACACUACGGUUUCUCAACCAACGGAAGGUGCCGUUCGUGCCGACGUUGGUGUGCCACGGCGACCUCGGGCAGGUCACGAAGUCGCAGGAACACUGGAAGGAGUUGCAUCCGGAAGUAAAGAAAGUCCCUUUGAAGACGCACUCGCUUUACCGGGUGGUGGUGAAGGAGGUCGGGCUUCCCCUUGAGGCAUUUGUGGACAGCUCUUUCCAACUGUGUCAAAUGUUGGCAUGUUGCAUCACAGCGCACGCGGAAGCUUACAAGGCUGGGAUCAUACAUCGCGAUAUCAGCGCGGGAAACAUACUGAUGUACAAAGGGAAGAAGGGACAGUGGCUCGGACUGCUCAACGACUGGGAGCUGUCGAAGAAGGUAGACAAUGAAUCUCUUGAGGGUCGUCAGCCGGAUCGCACUGGUACUUGGCAAUACAUGUCUGCGCACGCCCUCAACGAUCCACAUCGUAGGAUCGUCAUCCAAGACGAACUCGAGUCUUUCUUCCACGUCCUGCUCUACUACGCCAUCCGCUUCCUCCCCCAUAAUCUCCAAGACGAAUGCGUUGGAAAAUUUUUGACAGACUACUUCGACGAUUACUCAAUCUACGAUGGGUACUGCAUAUGCGGGAGGGCGAAGCACGAUGCGAUGGUGAACGGUUUCAUCGACCUCCGAACGUACCACGGCAAUCAAGACGACAAGACGAAGAACAUCCUCAAGUUCCUUUGGCCGACUCCUCCCGCCAAACCUACGCCCACUGCAGGGUCCCGGGGACAGUCGCCCUGUCCUUCCCCUCGAAGCAGUCCAUCCCCCGCCGAGCGCCCGUCUGCGAGUUCGAACAGCAACAUUCCUUCUGGACGCUCACCUUCCCCCCAAUUCAGUGCUAUUGACGGUUCGGACCUCACUCCGCUGAACUCGGACGACUCCGCUCCUGAAGAGGAGCAUCCUAUCAAUGAAAUCAUAUCCGAGCUCCUGACGUGGUUCCGGGCGUACUAUGCACUCGACACUCCUGCCCAAUCUACGAAGCAGAAGGCCCGGAAGGAGAACAUUUCCAACCAGUUUGACAUCGAGCAGUAUUUGAAGGAGUUCCUCAGCAGAGCGAACGACAACGAGAGCGGAUCUGGUGAGGAUCCCCCUGAACCCGAUCUUUCGACAGCCCAAUCAGAAGAGCACAAGUACGUGAAGCUAAGGAAGAAUCUCGAUUCCCAUACUGCAAUCAUCAAGCUCUUCCUCACUACUCUCGGGUCGCGGGCGUGGCCGCUGAAGGACAAAGGGCCCGACAAGAAACCCGAGGGAGGUUACGUGCCUCCCAAGUCUGCGGUGCCGUCAGACUCGAUGCGCACUAGCUCGAAGCGGCGCAGUAUGGACGAUAUACCCGGUGGCAACUCGCCGCGCCCCACCAAGCGCAGCAGGGUCUAG